AUGGUAGGAGGUGCAGAAACCGCUGCAGUGCAUGUUGAGGCCAUGAAGGAGGAUGGUAGUGGGGGUUCAGGAGUGCGGUUAGUGCUGGUUGUCGACGUGGAGGCCGAGGAGGAGGUGAGCGGGAAGACAUUGGGUAGUGUCGUCUGGGUGUUGCAGUUGAUUCGAAGAUGCCCAAUUAGACGGCUGGUGGCCGGAACGCUCGUUGACAUCGUGGACACGUCGGGGCGGUCGAGCUUUGGCGUUGCGACAUGGGAGCAGUUGAGAUUUACUACCUUCACGUUGGGCUUUGGCGUCCCUGACGCGUUUGACUUAGUAGAUUGCUGCGCCUGUCUUCGUCGCUCUCCUCCAGGCAGGGUCGGUCCCGAGCAAGGUUUUCCUAAUUGGACGGGUUGAUUUGCAGGCGCCUCAAGGAAUCCUUCAGGAUAUCCCUGUACCGCCGGACUUGGCCUCCUUGUCGGCGGGAACCCGUGGCGACUUCUCCAUAGAAGAGUUGCUUAUGAAACCGCUCCUCUUCCAUGCGCACCAGAUGGCCGCUCCAGCGCAGUUGAAGUUGUCUCAGCACGGUGCAGAUGCUGAGGAUUCCCGUCCACACCAUUGCGUCCGUGUCCAGGACCCAGUCCUGCCACCUCAGCUUUAG